UCGUCUUGCCUGGAGAAUCCCCAUGGACAGAGAAGCCUGGCGGGCUACAGUCCAUGGGGUCGCAAAGAGCCAGUUACGGCUUAACAACCAAACAACAAAAACAGCAUGAAGGAGGGUCUCUUGCUAUCCACUGGAGAUCUUCUGAACUGUCAGGUAAUUUUACCAUUUCAUAAAAUGCAACCGGCCAAUGAAAAAGUAAAAAAAAAAAAAAAGACAAAAAAAACUUAUCCUCAUUAGGAAUCAAGGAAAUGCAAAACAAGACUACACACUACAUUAAACAUCCUCAAAAUUUAGAAGUCUAACAUUACCAGUGUUGGACCAGUAUGUGGAAGAAAAGGAACUUGCAUACACUGCUAAAAAACAAACACAGUUAUUCAUCUACUCUUUCUUAAAUCUUAAUACUGUGGAAGUUAGAAGCAAAGUUGUAAAACUGAAAAACUUUAGAAAGAAAACUUUAAAUCUGCCUGCCAAUGCAGGAGACAUGGGUUUGACCCCUAGUUUGGGAAGAUCCCACAUGCUGCAGAGCAGCUAAGCCUGUGCACCACCACUAUUGACCCUGUUCUGUGGAGACUGGGAACCCCAACUCCUGAGUCCUGGCACCACUACCCCUGAAACCCACACACCGCAGAGUCAUGCUCAGCAACAAGGGAAGGCACUGAAAUGAGAAGUCCUCGCACCACAGCCAGAGAGUAGCCCUGGCUCUCUGCAACUAGAGAAAAGUCGGAGCAGAAACAAAGACCCGGCCUAGUCAAUAAAUAAACAAAUAAAAUUAGAACAAUAUAAAGUACUUGCCUUAUAAUUAUUCCUUAAAAUUUGUACAUUAUAUACAAAUUUUUAAUGUAAAUAAUGAAAAGGUGAAAUAACUAGAAUCAUACACAGUAGGUAGCUUUUUGGGCCUAGGAUAACACAUUUGAGAUUUAUUCUUUUUGCUCCAUAUGUUGGUAGCUGCUGCUUCUUGUGUCUUAGAAGUUUCCCAUUAAACGGAUGUGCCAGUUUGUUAUUUCAUUUGCCUUUUGGAGGAUAUUUGAGUUCCAAGACUUUGGAAUCACUGCAAACACACAUCCAAGUUUUUGUGUGACCACAAAUUUUCAUUUUUCUUGAAAAUGAAAUACCUGGGAGUGAGAUUGCUGGGUCAUAACUUAUGUUUGACUUUAUAAAGUAUGUUUAACUUUAUAAGAAGUUGCUCAGUUUUUUCUCAAAGUGAUUGUAUCAAUGUGUAUCCCCACUGUUGCCCUUAAAAAUAAAAGGUAGUUACUUGGCUAGUAAAAAAUUUGUUAAUUUGGAAAUAACAGAGAAUUACAAUUUGGGACAAGCAAGACAUGACAAAAACCAUAGGCAAACCCAACAAGCCAAGAAGAGGGAAGUUAUUUAAUAGAGAAAAAGGAGGAAGGUGGGAGGAGUUGUUUUGAACAAAAGUCCAUUGGCAAAAAGUGACAGUUUAGGGUGAUGGUGGUUUCUCACUGGCUGAAUUCUUGGGGUAGUCAGUUUCUGGGAGGGGAUGCAAUGUACAUCUUUUUUUGUUGGGACCUGUGACUGAUGAUUCUUUCCUGUUAAUGAUUCUUCUGUUGUGAUUUGUAAUUGACAAUCCUUCCUAAAAUUGAUGUGGAGUGGUACUGCUGAGAGCUCCCCUUCUGUCCUCCAGAUCCAUUAUGAGGUUCCCUUUUAUUAAUUUUCACACUACCGGCAAUGUGUAAAGCAUCCAGUUGUUCCACAUCCUCACUAGCAUUUGGCAUUGUCAGUUUGGGAGGGGGUGCAGAAGAGGGCAGUGAUUUUGCUGUUUUCAUUGUAACUGGUUUUUUAAAGUAUUUAUUUAUUUCACUACACUGGAUCUUAGUUGCAGCCCGUGGGAUCUUCACUGUGUCAUUCAGGAUCUCUCCUUGCGGUGCAUGGACUCUCUAGUUGUUGCUCUUGGGCUCAGUACUUGCAGCACAUGGACUUAGUAGUUGUGGUGUGGGGGCUUACUUGCUCCUCAGUAUGUGUGAUUAUAGUUCCCCGGCCCAUGAUGGGACCCUGUCCCCUGAAUGCAAGGCAGAUUCUUCGCCACUGGACCACCAGAACCCGGGCCCUUUCCUGGGAUUAUGGACAUUUUGGGAGCUGGAGGUGGCCUUCUGGAAUAUCGAGCUAGUCUGCUGGCUGGGAAGGGUUUUGCUGUGAUGGCGCUGGCUUAUUACAACUAUGAGGACCUGCCCAAGAGCCUGGAGAACCUCCACCUGGAGUACUUCGAAGAAGCUGUGAACUACCUGCUUAAUCACCCUCAGGUGAAGGGUCCAGGAGUUGGGCUGCUUGGGAUUUCAAAAGGAGGUGAGCUCUGCCUCUCCAUGGCUUCCUUCCUGAAGGGCAUCACUGCAGCCGUCAUAAUCAAUGGCUCUGUGGCUUGUGUCGGUGGAAACUUACACUACAAAGGUGAGAUUCUGCCACCUGUGGGUUUCAACCAAAAUCGAAUCAAGAUGACUAAAGAUGGCUUUGUAGACAUUGUGGAAAUCCUGAACUGCCCUUUGGAAGGACCUGACCAGAAGAGCUUCAUUCCUGUGGAAAGGGCUGAGUGCCCCUUCCUGUUUCUUGUGGGUCAGGAUGACCACAACUGGAAGAGUGAAUUCUAUGCUAAUGAGGCCUCUAAACGCUUGCAGGCCCACGGGAAGGCAAAACCCCAGGUCAUCUGUUACCCAGGGACGGGGCACUACAUUGAACCUCCUUACUUCCCCCUGUGCCCGGCUUCCCUGCACACCUUAGUGGGCGUUCCUGUCAUCUGGGGAGGGGAGCCCAGGGCUCAUGCCAGGGCCCAGGUAGAUGCUUGGCAGCAGCUCCAGACUUUCUUCCAUAAACACCUGGGUGGGGAUAAGGGGCCAAGCUGUGAUCUUUUAUGCUAAUCUAUCCUGGGAAUAGCUGCCACAUUAGUGUGUAUGUGUAGUUUUUUCUUUUCUAUAAUUACAUUUUCCCCCUUCAAUAUUAAAGUGAAUUCAUUGAGAAUUUUUCAAGAUUUUUAUAAAUUCCAUACUUUUUCAGUUGUUUGGGAAGAGAAUGAUUCUACAGACACCACAGCAGGUGGAGAAAGCAUACCCUUUAAAACCUAACAACACAUAACUGACAAGGCUUUAGUUCUGAAAGGAAGAAUUGUACAAUUGCUGCUGGGUAGUUUCUUGAAUCAAUUAUACUUGAAUUUGUAUAAUAAUUUGUUAAUAAGUGAUUCUGCUAUAUAUGUAUAAAAAUCAUAUAAAAUAUCAAAAAUA